GAUUCUGAAAGCAAGAGAGGAGAAAUUUAUUCCAACCCACAACCGAGCGAUAUCACUACUUUCACUGAAGAUGAGCCAAGAACAGCCAAAGAGGCCACGAGAUGAGCACCGGCGGGAGCAGCAACCCGGGGUCGAGCCGAUCAAGUACGGCAACGUCUUCUCUGUCUCCGGCGACCUCGCCUCGAAGCCCAUCGCGCCUCAGGACGCGGCGAUGAUGCAGUCCGCAGAGGCCACGGUGCUCGGGGAGCCGCAGAGGGGCGGUCCUGUGGACGCCAUGCGGGCCGCUGCAGCAUGGAACGAGAGGGCUGGGCUUGUCGGCCACGAGGACGUCACGGACGUCGCUGCAAAAGAGGGGGCGACGGUCGGCCGUAUCGUCAGUGAAAGAGUAGCUGGACAGGUUGUUGGCCAGUCAGUCGAGGGCGCGACAGCGGCGGCGGGGGCACAGGGGACUCAGAAGAGCGCGAUAACCAUCAGCAAAGCGCUAGAAGCGGCCGCUCAAUCGGCCGGGGACAAGCCUGUCGACCGGAGUGAUGCGGCCGCCAUUCUCGUGGCUGAGCUGCGCGCGACGGGGACCACCGUGGCCAUCCCGGGAGGGUUGGGGACUUCUGCAGAGACCGCAGCAGCUUACAACGAGGGAACGCGCAGGGAAGAUGCCAAGAUCAAGAUCUCCGACCUUCUCACGGGUGCCACGUUGAAGCUGCCGGCGGACAAGUUGGCGAGCCGGGAGGACGCAGAGCAGGUGGUGAACGCGGAGGUGAGGACGGGUGGCAAGACGGCCGCCCACCCGGGUGGGGUGGCCGCGUCGGUGGCCGUGGCCGCGAGGCUCAACGAGAGUAUCACCAACCCGUGAAAGAAUGAAAGCUCUUUUCAUCCUCUGGUGCUGUUUCUGCUUAAGAGCA